AUGAGAAAGGAGAGGGCAGAUAGCGGGUGAGUUAAUUCGCGCUCUUAUAAUUAUGAGCUAUACAGAACCACCAUUUUGGAAGCUCCUGGUUAGCUCCCUCUUCUCAAGUCUAGGUCGUGUUGUCUCAUAGAGCACGUUUCGCUGAAGAUGGUGUGAAAGCCCUGCCCGGGAAGCGGAGCGCAGCUUCUUUUGUAUUCUUCGGAUGAAAAGGCGUUCCCGAAGCCCGGGAAGGAUUCUACCAGCUGCAGUUGGGAACCAGAAGCCCCUGUCCAGAAUCUUUCCGGCCGAACCCGCCCCUCCCCGCGCCCUGUGACUCGGCCUGAAGCAGAACUUUCUUUCAUUACUGGCGGGCCUGCCGAGCUAUCCGGAGAGGCGGGAGGAGCCCCAGACCCGGGGGAAGCGCCAUUCGGCGGUAGAACGGAAGAUGUUUUUGCGCAUGCGUGCUGGCUCGCCUGCUGAGUUUGGUUUGGGGUGAGCUUUGGAGAGCUUGUUACUGACUGCAGGUGUCUGCGGUGCAGACUGAAAAGAGUCCGACUUGAAAAAGAGGCUGCUUCGGUUAGUAUUGACAUGGGUGUACUUCUGAGAAGAUGGAGAAUAUUAUUUCCUGAUCUGACAAACUGUAUCAGUCUUUGUCAAAAGCAGCAACAGGGUUGCAGAUUUUACCAUGAGAAACAGAAGCGCAUGUUGUUAUCCCAGCACUUUCUGUCCAUGAAUCUGCGGGAGGACAGUGUGAUAUCACAGGAGAGCAAGAGAGGGGAAAUGACAUGUAAAAGUCAGAGGCUAAUGUUACUAGGAGGCCUUAUCUGCCCUGCCAGCCCUGGCUGCUACCAUUAUAUGCCAUACACUGUCCGAGCAAUGGAGAAGCUUAUCAAGGUGAUAGACCGAGAAAUGCAGAUCAUAGGGGGGCAGAAAGUGAACAUGCCCACAUUAUGCUCAGCAAAGCUCUGGAAAGCCAGUGGAAGGUGGGAACUAAUGAGUAAAGAACUCUUACGCCUGGCAGAUAGACAUGGCCAAGAAUAUUGUCUAGGACCUACUCAUGAAGAGGCCAUUACUGACCUCAUAGCUUCUCAAGGCUGCUUGUCUUACAGGCAACUUCCCCUCUUGCUGUACCAGGUAACGAGAAAGUUUCGAGAUGAGCCAAAGCCACGCUUUGGGUUGCUGCGUGGCCGGGAGUUCUAUAUGAAGGACAUGUACACAUUUGAUGCCUCUGAGGAGGCUGCCCUCCACACAUAUGCUCUUGUUUGCAAUGCAUACUGUAAUAUAUUCAACAACUUGGGUCUGCGGAUUAUGAAAGUCCAAGCAGCCACAGGGAGCAUCGGGGGAACAAUGUCUCAUGAGUUCCAGCUUCCUGCUGACAUUGGUGAGGACCAGCUGAUGAUGUGUACAAACUGUGACUUUUCAGCCAAUAUGGAAAUGAUAAACUCAGACCAGAGGCAUUGCCCAGUUUGUAAAGGGAAACUAGUUGAGACAAAAGGAAUUGAAGUUGGCCAUACAUUCUUCUUGGGCACCAAAUACUCUUCUGUUUUUAAUGCUACUUUGCACACUUCUCAGGGUAAACUUGCUCCAGCUGAAAUGGGCUGCUAUGGUUUAGGUGUGACUCGGAUCCUGGCAGCUUCCAUUGAAGUUCUUUCUACAGAGGAUGCCAUUCGUUGGCCAAGCCUCAUCGCACCUUAUCAAGUCUGCUUCAUUCCCCCAAAGAGAGGCAGCAAGGAAGAGAAAGGAGCAGCGCUCUUGGAAGCUUUGUAUGACUCUGUUGCAGAAGCAGUCCCUCAUCUUAAAGAUGAGAUUGUGCUAGAUGACAGGACCCAUCUCACCAUUGGUAAAAGAUUAAAAGAUGCUAACAAACUUGGAUACCCCUAUGUUAUCAUUGGUGGGAAGAAGGCUUUGGACGACCAUUCACUCUUUGAAGUGUGGAAUCAGAACACUGGCGAAACUUUGUUCCUUACCAGAGAAGCCAUUGUUGACUUGCUAAGUGAAGUGUGAACUUACUAAUUCCUAAAUAUUUGGCUUUUGAAUCUUGAUCUAAAUCCUUUUCUUUUUGAAAUACACAGGAGAAUGAAAGGAUGGGGUUGCUAGUUUCUGUUUUCUGUCCGAAGAAUUGAAAGGAAAAGAGUUUAUGACUGGACCUCUUUUCCAAAGUCUCAUGGUAUUGUUUGCCAAAGACUUCAGAGUUGAUGAUAGCACACUCUGUGCCUUGAAAAUUUUUCUGCAGCACUGAAGUCCAUAGAUUAGCCCUUGGUUAUGCACAGUAAUGUGCAUCCUCCCUGAUAGUUUCAUCUGUAGGAGAGUGAGACGAGGUAAAUGUUAAAAACGUUGGAACUAGGGUUCUUUUCUGCUUGAAGCAAUUCUAGAUCCAUGGCUGAUAUAAAAGUGACAUUGGAAAAGGAUGAACACAGAAGUAGUAGUGAGAGUAGUACAUUUUCCUUCACUUUCUCCUAGGAGUUUUUCUGGGGUAGGGGUGAGAUCCAUUUUUUUUUAGUACUUCACUGGAAAUCUGUGAUCUUUUGUUUGAUAAAUUCAAAGAACAUAUGAGUUCUAGCCUCUAGCCAUAUUACUUGUUUGUGUACUAGCGCAAUGGCUUAACUGUACAAGCCCAGGACAGCUUAAAUUGAUUUUUUAAAAAGGACUUAGCCUUUUAAAUAUUAUUUUUAUUCAUUAAAAUAUUUGUACCUUU